AUGUCUGACCACGAGACUAUUCCUGAGUCCGAGAAGGAGAAGUCCGAUGUUGCCCGCUCCCAAAUACGAAAGCCGCGGGGUGCAGGAUUUGCAGUGGGGAAGAAGGCAUCAAUGAAAGUUCGUAUGCUUGAUAAAGACGGGAAUGCCGUUCUAGACUGGUAUGACUUUACGGUUACUGCUUCCCGUAAAGACCGUACAGGUCGCUACGAGUACCAACUCAACUAUUCGGGCGCAUCUUAUGAAAGAGGCAACUGGUUCCCUGAGAAAAGCCUCGAGGUUCCAUGA